AUGGCCAUCGCCGACUACGACUCUCACCAAGACAAGCCUGAUACCCCGCUCCCAGAGUUCGAAGAUGGCACCCAAAACGGCUUCUUCGAUGUCGAGCGCGACCCUGAAUCCUUCGAUGGUGCCUUGCCUGCUAGCCAGGGCUUGUACGAGAAUCAGUACGAGAAGGAUGCCUGUGGUGUAGGCUUCAUCUGCCAGAUCAAGGGCGAGCAGAGUCACAAAAUUGUGUCUGAUGCGCGCCAGCUUCUGUGCGCAAUGACCCACCGCGGUGCUACCGGUGCUGACAGCCGUGACGGAGACGGUGCAGGGGUCAUGACAGGCAUUCCUCAUCUUUUCUUCAAGCGCGAGGCUGAGAGAGACAUUGGCUGCGAGCUUCCUGAAGCAGGACAGUACGCCGUCGGAAAUGUUUUCUUUAGAGCAAACGACCCUGUCGGACUGCAAAAGCAGCAGGCCGUCUUCAGCAAACUCGCGGGAGACUUAGGCCUUCGCGUUCUGGGCUGGAGAGAGGUCCCGACUGAUGGGACAAUUUUGGGUCCCGCUGCCGCUAGCAAGGAACCCGCCAUUCUGCAACCGUUCGUUGUGCUGCGAUCGCAGUACGGCGAGGGCACCACUUCCCGCGGCGGCGCAUUUGACGCAACACAUUUCGAACGCCAGCUUUACGUCCUUCGCAAGCACGCAACUCAUAGCAUUACACUCUCGAAGGGCUUCUACGUCUCCUCGCUCUCGUCGAAGAACAUUGUUUACAAGGGUCAGCUGUCGCCCCCGCAAGUGUACAACUACUACCAUGACCUCAACCACGUCCUGUACCGUUCGCAUUUCGCGCUCGUACACUCGCGAUUCUCUACGAAUACAUUCCCGAGUUGGGACCGUGCGCAACCCAUGAGAUGGGCGGCUCAUAACGGUGAGAUCAAUACCAUUCGAGGCAACAAGAAUUGGAUGCGUGCCCGAGAAGGUGUUCUAUCUUCGUCCCACUUCGGCGAGCAGCUCGAUCUAUUGUAUCCGAUCAUCGAGUCUGGCGGAUCUGACUCUGCUGCGUUCGACAACGUGCUCGAGCUCCUCGUCGUUAACGGCGUGCUGACGCUUCCCGAAGCGGUCAUGAUGCUGACACCUGAAGCAUGGCAAGGGAACGAAAUGAUGGAGCCGGAGAAGAAAGCCUUCUACAACUGGGCCGCCUGCCUGCAGGAGCCUUGGGAUGGUCCCGCUCUCUUCGCAUUCAGCGACGGCCGCUACUGUGGUGCCAACUUGGACCGUAAUGGUCUCCGGCCCUGCCGCUAUGUCGUUACGAACGAGGACAUCAUUGUAUGCGCGUCCGAAGUGGGCGCCGUCUUCAUCCCUCCCGAGAAGGUCGUUUCCAAGGGACGCCUUAAGCCCGGUCGCAUGCUGCUCGUCGACACCGAGGAGGGCCGCAUCGUUGACGACAAGGAGCUGAAGCGCAAUACGUCUCGUAAGCAGAACUUCGCCUCAUGGAUUGAGACGCACGUCCUACAUGUGCCGAACAUCGUCAAGCGCGUCCAACGCUCACAAGGUGUCGACCCCGUGAUCGACCACUACAGCCUCAGCACGGACCCGAAGUUGCUCGCGUUCGGCUACACCGUUGAACAGCUCAACAUGCUACUGCUUCCUAUGGUCUCCGAGGGCAAAGAAGCGCUCGGGUCUAUGGGCAACGACGCGCCGCUUGCAUGCAUGUCGGUGCAGCCGCGUCUUGUCUACGAGUACUUCCGCCAGCUCUUCGCGCAAGUCACGAACCCGCCAAUCGAUCCCAUUCGUGAGAACAUCGUCAUGUCCCUCGAGGCGUACAUCGGCCCCGAGGGCAACCUUCUUGAGAUGAAGCCGGAGCAGUGCCACCGUAUCCUGCUCAAAUCUCCUAUCCUAACGAUGCAGGAGAUGAACGCAAUGAAGAACCUCAAGUACGCGUACUCGACAUGGCCGUCGUGUACCAUCGACGUGACAUUCCCGAAGGAACACGGUCUGCCUGGUUACAAGCUCGCGCUCGAGCGCGUGUGUAGCGAGGCAAUGGAGGCGGUUGAGGAGGGUAUCAAGGUCAUCAUCCUAUCCGACCGCGAGACAGGCCCGGACCGUAUUCCGCUGUCUGCCCUCGUCGCAUGUGGUGGUGUUCAUCAGCACCUCGUGUCCCAGAAGAAGCGUGCCAAGGUCGCGUUGCUAGUUGAGACCGGUGAGGCGCGUGAGGUCCACCACCUUUGUGUCCUGCUUGGUUAUGGCGCCGACGGUAUAUGCCCGUGGCUGGCGAUGGAGUGCAUUCACAAGGUUGUCCGCGAGGGAUUGGUCAAGAACGACAAUACGUUCGAUGAGUUGCUAGACAACUUCCGCCAUUCCGUCGACAACGGCAUCCUGAAGGUCAUGUCAAAGAUGGGAAUCUCCACCUUGCAGUCUUACAAGGGUGCCCAGAUCUUUGAGGCUCUCGGUCUGCAUACCGAGGUCAUCGACAGCUGCUUCACUGGUACCGCCAGCCGUGUACAGGGCGCUACGUUCGACCUGUUGGCCAUGGAUGCAUUCGAAAUGCACGAGCGUGGUUGGCCAUCCCGCGAAACUAUCAUCGCUCCUGGCAUGCCUGAGUCCGGCGACUACCACUGGCGUUCCGGUGGAGAGGCACACAUCAACGACCCUGCCGGCAUCGCUAAUCUGCAGGACGCAGUCAGAGAAAAGAACCAGCGCGCUUACGACGCGUACGCCCAAAACGUGAACGACCAGACGAAAGCCGUGCACUUGCGUGGCUUGCUCGAUUUCCGCUUCGAGAACGCGACGCCGAUCCCGAUCGAGCAAGUUGAGCCCUGGAAUGAGAUCGUCCGCCGAUUCGUUACCGGUGCUAUGUCGUAUGGCUCGAUCUCCAUGGAGGCACACUCAGCCCUGGCGAUCGCCAUGAAUCGUCUUGGCGGCAAAUCGAACACCGGUGAGGGCGGUGAAGACGCCGAGCGAUCGCUGGCUCUGCCGAACGGAGACACGAUGAGAUCGGCCAUCAAGCAGGUUGCGUCUGGUCGCUUCGGCGUCACGUCCAACUACCUCGCAGAUGCCGACGAGUUGCAGAUCAAAAUGGCGCAGGGUGCCAAACCCGGUGAGGGAGGAGAGCUACCCGGACACAAGGUGUCAACGUCUAUUGCUCGCACUCGUCAUUCAACUGCCGGCGUCGGUCUUAUCUCGCCGCCUCCUCAUCACGAUAUCUACUCGAUCGAGGAUCUUAAGCAGCUUAUCUACGACCUGAAGUGCUCGAACCCCAGGGCGCGUGUUUCCGUGAAGCUAGUGUCCGAGGUUGGUGUUGGCAUCGUCGCCAGCGGUGUCGCGAAGGCAAAAGCGGACCAUAUCCUGAUUUCGGGUCACGACGGUGGUACCGGUGCUUCUCGGUGGACCGGCAUCAAGUACGCCGGUCUGCCAUGGGAGCUUGGUUUAGCGGAGACGCAUCAGACCUUGGUUCUCAAUGAUUUACGUGGUCGUGUCACUGUCCAGACGGAUGGUCAACUCCGCACUGGCCGCGAUAUUGCCAUCGCUUGUCUCUUGGGUGCCGAGGAAUGGGGCUUCGCGACUACGCCGCUAAUUGCGAUGGGUUGCAUCAUGAUGCGGAAGUGUCACUUGAACACCUGCCCUGUUGGUAUUGCUACCCAGGACCCGCAGCUUCGCGCCAAGUUCGCAGGCCAACCUGAGCAGGUCAUCAACUUCUUCUACUACAUUGCGGAAGACCUUCGCGCAGUCAUGGCGAAGCUCGGCUUCCGUACCAUCAACGAGAUGGUGGGCCGCGCCGACAUGCUUAAAGUCGACGAGAAGCUGCGCACGCCGAAGACUGCUCAUCUGGACUUGUCGGCUAUCUUGAAGCCCGCAUGGCAGAUGCGCCGUGGUGCCGCCACCUACCGUGUGCGUCCACAGGAUCAUAAACUCUAUAUCCGCCUCGACAACAAGUUCAUCGACGAGUCUGAGCCGGCGCUCACGAAGGGGCUUCCGGUCCAUAUCGACUGUGACGUCACUAACACAGACCGUGCGCUUGGUACAUCUUUGUCUUACCGCGUGUCGAAGCUCUACGGAGAGGAGGGCCUCCCGAAAGACACUAUCCACAUCAGCAUGCGGGGUUCCGCAGGUCAGUCACUUGGCGCCUUCCUCGCACCAGGUAUCACCAUUGAGUUGGAGGGUGACGCCAACGACUACGUGGGCAAGGGUCUAUCAGGAGGGCGACUCAUCGUAUACCCACCGAAGCAGUCGACCUUCAAGGCGGAGGAGAACAUCAUCGUUGGAAAUGUCUGCUUGUACGGUGCGACCUCUGGAGAAGCUUUCAUCCGUGGUGUUGCUGCCGAACGCUUCGCUGUGCGGAACUCGGGUGCUAACGCCGUUGUGGAGGGUACUGGUGAUCACGGCUGUGAAUACAUGACAGGUGGUCGGGUCGUCGUCCUUGGCAGCACAGGCCGUAACUUCGCCGCCGGCAUGAGCGGAGGUAUUGCUUACGUCUUGGACACUGCUCACACGUUCGCCUCCAAAGUCAACAUGGAGAUGGUCGAACUCGGCAAGGUCACCGAUCCUCGAGAAAUUGCCCAGCUGCGUGGGUUGAUCGAAGACCAUCGCCACUACACUGGCUCCGAGGUUGCUGAUCGCGUUCUCCACGACUUCCAUCACCUGUUGCCUCUGUUUGUGCGCGUCAUGCCCCAUGACUACAAGCGUGUUAUUGAAGAGCAGGCAGCGAAGGUGAAGGAGGAGAAGGUGCGACAGAGCGUGAUCGACCUGAUCCCGUCCCGGACCGCCAGCCAAGUCGACCUCGCGUCGGAGGGCCUAGAGGAUCUUCUAUCACCUAAGGAGCCCCCUUCAUUCCAAAGCAGUCGCUCCGUGUCGCGGACACGUGUAGAACCAGCUGUUCUCGAUAUGGAGGAUUCCCUCGUUGAUGAUGUGACUACCAAGCAGCGUAUGAACAAGCUCGACAAAACUCGCGGCUUCAUGAAGUAUAAGCGUCUCACAGAGACCUACCGUCCUCCGCGCAAACGUGUCAAGGAUUGGAAGGAAAUUUCGACACGCUUGACCGAAGAAGAGCUGAAGUAUCAAUCUGCCCGCUGCAUGGAUUGUGGCGUCCCCUUCUGUCAAUCUGAUACUGGGUGUCCCAUUUCUAACAUUAUUCCGAAAUGGAACGAUUUGGUGUUCAAGGGCCAGUGGCAAGACGCCCUCAACCGCCUCCUGAUGACGAACAAUUUCCCCGAGUUCACUGGACGCGUGUGCCCAGCCCCAUGCGAGGGUGCAUGCGUGCUCGGCAUUAACGAACAGCCCGUGGGUAUCAAGAGCAUUGAAUGCGCCAUUAUUGACAAGGGCUUCGAGAUGGGCUGGAUGAACCCCAAGAUCCCACAGUUCCGCACCGGCAGGAAAAUUGCCAUCAUUGGAUCGGGACCUGCAGGUUUGGCGUGUGCUGACCAGUUGAACAAGGCUGGUCACAGCGUCACGGUGUACGACCGUAAUGACCGAAUGGGUGGUCUUCUCAUGUACGGCAUUCCGAACAUGAAAUUAGAUAAGAGUGUUGUCCAGCGACGCAUCGACCUUAUGGCUGCCGAGGGCGUGUCAUUCGUCCCCAGCACACACGUCGGUAAAGACGUGGACGUGAAUGACCUGAGGGCCGAGAACGACGCGGUUGUCAUUUGUACCGGAGCCACAUGGCCGCGCGACCUGAAGAUCCCCAACCGCGACGUCGAUGGUAUUCACUUUGCUAUGGAGUUCCUUCAGCUCAACACGAAGUCGCUCCUCGACUCAGAGCUCCAGAACGGCAACUACAUUAACGCCAAGGGCAAGGAUGUUAUUGUCAUUGGCGGCGGUGAUACCGGAAACGACUGUAUUGGGACCUCCAUGAGGCAUGGUGCUAAAUCUGUGACGAACUUUGAGCUACUCCCCAAGCCUCCUGCGGCGCGUGGGCGUGACAACCCGUGGCCCCAAUGGCCUAGGAUCUUCCGUACAGACUAUGGGCACAACGAAGUAGCUGCACACUUCGGAAACGAUCCCCGCGAAUACUGUAUCUCCACCAAAGAGUUUAUCGUGGACGAAGAAGGCAAGCUCAAGGGUCUUAACACCGUUCGCGUGGAGUGGACAAAGGACAGCGGCGGACGCUGGAAGAUGGAAGAAGUUCCUGGCUCUGAAAAGUUCUUCCCUGCGCAGCUUGUAUUCCUUGCUCUCGGCUUCCUCGGUCCUGAAUCAGAAAUGAUCAAGGGUCUUGGUGUGAAGCAGGACGCACGGUCCAACAUUCAGACGGCGCCCAAGAAAUACUCGACUAAUGUCGAGGGCGUGUUCACGGCAGGUGAUUGCCAUCGUGGUCAGUCCCUGAUCGUCUGGGGCAUCAGCGAGGGCCGUGGUGCUGCUGCGGAAGUCGACGCUUGGCUCAGCGCGGGCAGGACCAGAUUACCCCACGAUGGCGGCAUCAAGCGAAGGGUCUUCAUCCCUCCUUCCAGCUCCCUCUCUAGCAACGCGCAAGUUGUCCAGGUGGACGCAUAAACUGUACUAUUUGGGAAUGUAUCGGAGCGUGUUUCUUGAUGAUCUAGGGCUCAUUUAUUGUACUAAUAGUGUUCAACCAUUUACAUAUGUAUCCCAUACUGUACGUCUGACUAUUCGCAAACGAUGAUCAACGACGCUGUGAUGAUGC